AUGGCAUUCCGUGUCACAGCUUGGGCAAGUCUGCCAGUACCACUUACUGAGCUAUGCCUGGCCACGACGCUGCGAUGUGGUCAAUCCUUUCGGUGGAAGCAGUGUGAAGACCAAUCGUGGACCUGCGUGCUUCGAGGUCGCAUCCUUCAAUUGGAUCGAAACGACACGCACCUUCGCUAUCGAUCAAUCUGGUCCGGUCCUGAAAGCGCACCGUUAACGCCCCCUCCGUCUGUUUCGCCAGACGAGAUCGAAGACAGCAAAGAACUGCUCCACCACUACCUUAACCUCUCCCCCAAUCUCGAAGAAUUGUACCGGCAGUGGUCAGAGUCCGAUCAAAACUUUAGGAAGAAGGCUCCGAAGUUCACAGGAAUCAGAAUAUUGAGACAGGAUGCAUGGGAGGCGCUGAUAUGUUUCAUAUGCAGCAGUAAUAACAACAUCAUCAGGAUUGCGCAGAUGGUCGACAAGCUGUGCACACACUACGGAAAAUACAUAACAACAUGGGACGGACGGGCAUACUACGAUUUCCCUGGUCCCAAAGCACUUGUUGGCAGCAAGGUUGAAAGUCAUCUGAGAGAGCUAGGCUUUGGAUACCGUGCGAAAUAUAUUGCUCAAACGGCUCGAAUCGUGGGGAACGAUAAAGAGGAAGGCUGGUUAGAUUCCUUGCGCAACCCCGAAAGCCCAGUGUACGGACAAUUAGCAGGACCAGCUGGAGACAUGAAACCAGAGGGACGAGACGGCUACCGAGAUGCCCACUUGAAACUGCUUGAACUUCAGGGUGUUGGUCCGAAAGUGGCGGACUGUGUAUGCCUGAUGGGCUUAGGAUGGGGAGAAGCGGUUCCGAUCGAUACUCAUGUCUGGCAAAUUGCAGUACGUGACUACAAAUUCGGUAGGGGCAAACACACGAGUUUGACGAAGGCUACAUACGAUGCCGUCGCGAACCAUUUCCGGAAAAUCUGGGGUGAAGAAGCAGGCUGGGCUCACAGUGUACUAUUUACUGCCGAUUUGAAGGUGUUUGCGGAUCGACUCCAGGCCAAAGCCGAGAUCAAAGAAGCAAUCAAGGACGAAGAUACUGCAAUUGCUAGCGCAACCACGGCAACAACAUCUAUUGCACCAAAGUCUGAGCAGGAGUCGCAAAAAAGGGUUCUGGAAGUGGAUCAGGUCAGUGUAACAAGCAGCAGCAGAAGGAAGCGUCGCAAAGGUUGGUGA